AACACAUGUACUGCCCAACUGGUUCGUCAAGCUGGUGUAAAUGGCAACAAGCCUCAGCUGAGAACACUCUUGAAGAGUUUGUCCACGAACAUCCCCCCCUGGAUGAAAAAGUACUGAAAGUAAUUGAGCCCAUUUAUACCAGUUUAUCGUCUGACGAUUUACUACAUCGAUGUUUGGGAUCCGAAACUCAAAAUAACAAUGAAUCGCUCAAUUCAUUAAUAUGGACUUUUGCUCCCAAGCAUAUUCACGCUGGAUCUCAAACAAUUCAAAUUGCGAAUUAUUUAGCUGUUGCCAUUUUUAAUGAAGGUUAUUUACCCAUCUUAAAAAUGAUGGAACUUAUGGGCAUCACCGUUGGUACUGAAGCUCAUUCAUUUGCUAUCAGACGUAACGAAGUUCGGAUUGAGCGCUCUGAGCUACGAGCUACUGCUGCUUCCAAAGAAGGCAGAACAGCUCGAUUAGCUGAAAGAACUUCACAAAACAUCGAAUAUGAAGUUGAGGAAGGCCCAAUGUAUGGAUCUGGAAUCGCCGAUUAAUCCAAAAUCACUACAAGGGCUGGAAUCAUGUCAACCAGGGUGCACCGUUUUUUUUGUAGCCCCCACUUCACCGACCUGUAAUUUGUCCAAUUUAUCAUUUUUUUUUUUUUUCAAUUUUUUUUUAUAUUCUUGAAACGUUAA